ACGCGCACAGCAGGUUUAACGGAGACGUGAACACAUGGAGACAAGGCGCUGUCCCGCCCCUCUGAGGCCGUACUGGUCACACAUAGGUAGUGUGUUAAUACAUAUCAGAUGGAUUAGUAUCAUCUCUCUGGAUUCCAGUCAUGAGAAAAUGACUUUCAGAAAUCCUCCCUCUCAACACCUGAGCGGCUACAUGCGCGUGAGGAGCCGCAGGGGAAACUGGCUCGCGGUGGUUCUGCUCCGAAUAUCGCGCCGGGAUUUGUUCUUCUGUCUGACCGCUCUCCUCAUCUUCUGCCUGGGCUCUGUGUUAUAUCAGUUAAACGGAGGAGCGCCAAAAAUCCUGCUGGAUGUGGGAUAUUAUCUCGGGAGUUUUGCUGGUGGCCAUGGAUCUUUAGCACCCAGAGUAAGAGCACUGCAUGCUCUACCGUUCCCGAGUCAGGUUGUGUAUAACAGGGUGGGGAAGUGUGGCAGUCGCACUAUAGUUCUGUUGCUGCGCAUGUUGGCGGACAGACAUCAGUUCACGCUCAUCUCCUCUGAUAUUCACAACAAGACCAGACUCACCAAACGGGAACAGGAAAAUCUGAUUAGAAACAUCAGCACAACUCCUCAGCCAUUUCUUUAUACCCGACAUGUGCAUUUUCUCAAUUUUAGCAGGUUCAGAACGGAUGAGCCCGUGCACAUCAACAUCAUCAGAGAUCCCAUCAACCGAUUCCUGUCCAAUUAUUUCUUCCGGCGCUUCGGCGACUGGAGGGGGGAAGAGAAUCACGUCGUCCGGACCCCUGGGAUGAAAGACGAUGAGAGAUACUUAGACAUCAACACGUGCAUCUUGGAAAGUUACCCAGAAUGCUCCAAUCCCCGGCUCUUCUACAUUAUCCCAUAUUUCUGUGGGCAGCAUCCUCAGUGCAGAGAGCCGGGUUUGUGGGCGCUGGAGACGGCCAAGCAGAACGUUCUGGAUCAUUACCUGCUGGUAGGAGUGUUGGAGGAACUUGAGGAUGUGCUGCUUCUGCUGGAGAGACUCCUUCCACACUUCUUCUCUGACGUCUUGAACAUCUACAGAAGUCCAGAAUACAGGAAGCUGGGGAACAUGACAGGCACCGUCCGCAAACAGACUCCUAAUCUAGAGGCCCUGCAGGUGCUUUAUGAGCGCAUGGAGUACGAGUACAAAUUCUACAACUUCAUCAAAGCUCAGUUCCACCUCACCAAGAGGAAGAUCGGCCUGAGAUCCGGCCCAAAACCCUCCAGACGUUAUUCAAGUGUUCUUCAGAGGAAAGACCUACAGGAGGAGCUGGAGGAAGAGGAAACGGAAGACUCACUCGACUGGACCGAACACACCUGAGAGAUGCUCUGAGACCAGACCAGAUACAGUCUACAAGAGUCUAAAAUAACUGAUCAUUCAGCUCUCAUGGAACCAUAAAUCUGGACAAAGCUUGAAAAUCAUGAUUUUAUGUUUAUUUGUAAAGGGGAAAAAAUUAUUGCACUGAAGUGUGUGUGCAUGCAUGCGUGCGUGGGUGGGUGUGUGUUAAACAGCCCUGCAUCAUAUUUGUCAAAUUCAAUAAUUGUUUCUUACAGAAAUUGGGGCGCUGAUUCCCAGUGCCAGUUGUGUUCUCAUCAUCAAAUUAGGGCUUUUUUUAAGAUGCAGGGCUGGGUAAUUUUCAGACAAUCACAUUACAACUGUAGUUUCCCUUAACAAUGGCACGAGUGAAUUUACAGAGCAUUUGUGAAUAACUGAUAUGCAUUAUCACUUAUAAGGAGUACUUUUGUUUUGUAAAAAAUUUAAGACACUUGAUGGCAAUAACACAUGUUGGCAGUACGAUUCUUGUUACACUGACAAUCUUAUAUAAAUUAUACAGUCAAUUUUAGUCAUUCAUUAGUUCAUUAGGCAACAGAACUGCAUAAAUGAAUACUAUUUUCAAACUCACAGCAUAAUAAAAAU